AUGUCAAGCAAGGCCCGAAAAUUCAUGAGUAAGCGGAAUAGAGCUUGCGACUCAUGUCGGGCCAAGAAAUCAGCUUGCCGUAUCGACUCAGCACCACCUUGCUAUCUUUGCACACUCCAUCGAAAGGAGUGCACAUUUUUGCAGCCAACAAACCGGCCGCAAAAAUUGCUCCAAAAGCCAAGUGAAUCCAGAGAAACCUUUGAAUUCUCGUCAAGUUCAGCAGGUGGAAGAGCUGGCGUACCACUUGACAAUGACUCGAUGUCGUUCGACUCCCUCAUGCCGGUUGAUAACAGCAUGAUUUUGCCUCAGUUGCCCGGGACUUCCUCAAAUUUGGAGUAUUUCUUCGGGGAUUGUGGUCCUGCCUUAGGAAUUUUUGGCGAUGACCCAAGACCCACAGGCUUUACUCCGAAUAGCUUGGUUUAUUCGUCACCUGGGGUGGUAUCGCCACUACUGGAAGCAGAGAAAGCCCAAGAGAGCAGAUCAGGCAAGGGAAGUGAUGUUCAUCUUGAGACGGCUAGCAUGGUGCCGCUUUAUCUCGGCAACAGCGGUGACAUGGACCCAUUUCUGCUACAACACUACAGAUAUGAUUCGGCUGGGAAGUUUCAUUUCAAAAGCCUAGACAUCCAGUCUGUGGACGCUGGUGACAAGCCUACACACUUUCUGCUCUCCCCGCCCUCUAUGUUUGAGAAUAGUAGAGAAGAAAAAGGUUGUGAUAUUUCGCCUCCUCAAGCUAAAAGGGGAGGCCUUGAAGCCAUAGUCCCGGAGGAGAUAGGGCAACGUCUUAUCGCUCUCUUCCAGAGAAUUAUCGUCCCAGACUACCCAAUUUUCAGUCUUUCAAAUCCGCUAGACACUAGCAAAAGUCCGCCACAUCUUCUCGCAAUUGUCUAUCUCUUGGCUCAACCAUUCACCAACUUUGAUGAAAAGCUGUGCAUCGAACUCGCCUAUGAGAAGCCAUCUGUGAAAACUCUCUUGAAAUUGAUUAACGACGUAAUUUCAUACGAAAUAUAUAUGCCAACUAUAUCAACCAUCCAAACACUCUUUCUUCUUCUCAUUCGACCCUCUGCAAAUCCGAUUGUGCAGGACAGCAGCUUCAAAUGGACUCAACUCAGCACGCUCAUCGCAUGUUCCCAUUCGCUAGGUUUGCACCUAGACCCAACAACGUGGAGAAUCUCUCCCUGGGAAAUCACCCAGCGUCGACGGUUAUCAUAUUGUAUUUAUAUGGUCGACAAAUGGAUGGCUCUCACCCUCGGCCGCCCUCCACUUCUGAACUCUGAAACAUGGUCACUGAAUGCACUUGAUGGGGAUGACCGAUUUGACAGCGGCCUUGGCUGUGAAGAGUGGACGCCUUUCAUGAAGCGAGUUGAACUCGAAUCAUCACUCGACUCGGUACUGCAAUUAUACUCGCACAAGGCUACACAUACGACAUCCUCUGAUUAUGAGGGAACGCUAGAUGCAAACAAAAAAUUGAUUGACAGGAUUACUACGUGGCGAGAUACCGUAUUAAUCAGCUUCACUGGCCAACUCCCAUCAAUGGGCCAAGCUACCCGUACUGCUAUAGGUCGUGUAGCAGAAAUGCAUUACCAUUACAUACAUCUCAGCAUUAUACGGGCGACAUUGAGACCAUUCUUUCGUGCGUCUGCAGACGAAAUGCGGUCCCCAGAAUAUCUUGCAUCGCGCUCACAAGUCCACUCACAGGCCAAAACUUGUAUAUCAACCGUGGCUGGCUUCAUUCGGACUCUGGGUUCCAAUGAUCGCGAAAAUUUCUGGCCCAUGUGGAGUGCGACCGUGUUUUCUUCGGUCAACUAUCAAAUUUUGUUAAUGGCCAUCGGAUCUAUCGAUCAAGCAGAAGCUGCGUGCUACUGGAGCUAUUUACAGCGAAUACGUCGAGACAUGCGCCUUCAGUCUGAUGCUCUCCCACAUCUUCGACUUGGCCUACUACGCAUUGACUCUAUAUUCUGGAAAGGGAUAGAUACCGUGUUCAGUUUAGAUGAACAUGUCUAUCAAGCGUACCUGGAAACCACAGAAGGAGUUGUGUCCAAUGCUAGUUAA